AUGCUCUCUUUCCUUGCUUCGCCCCGGCUGGUGCUAGCUAUCGGACCCUCUGUUAUGGGUCUCGACCUCAAUGCUCGCGAUAUUCCACAUCCACAUCCACCUUCUCUGGCGGCUCACCAGAGUCACCCCAGAGGUCUAGGCAAGGAUGGUGUGAUGCUCAUGAACCGAAUCGCGCCCGGCACAUUCAAACUCUACAUCUCGGAUAUCGAUGGGAGCAAUGAACGGCCGCUCCUGUCAGAUCCUGUUUUCGAAUACCACGCCAGCUUCUCGACAGACGGGCAGUGGGUCCUCUUCUCCAGUGAACGCAACGGUGACGGAAACUCCGACAUAUGGCGUGUGCGCACCAACGGGUCAGACCUGCAACCGCUUGUAACAACACCGGCGGUCGAAGACUCCGUCGUGCUCUCACCGAAUGGCAGGCACGCUGCAUAUGUCUCGACCGAAGGGAUGAUCGCCAACAUUUCGGUCCUCGACCUGGUCACUGGCAUUCGCUGGAAUCUAACAGAUACGCCUGCUAUCGCUGCCACCACCAACAAAACUGUACCUCAUGGCUACUUCAAGCCGGCAUGGUCUCCAGACGGUCAGUGGAUCGCCUUUUCUUCCGACCGCAAUACGAAAUGGGCUGGCCACGGCUGGGAGACGUUCAUGGGCCUCAGCAGCUGGGAGCACACCCAGGAACUCUCGAUAUUCGCCAUUCGACCAGAUGGAACCGGCUUCCGCAAGGUCAUUGGCAAAGCUAGCUACGCCCUCGGCUCCCCCAGCUGGUCUGCAGACGGCAAGCGCAUCGUCUACUACGAGAUGACGCGUGAAACAACUUGGGACGCACACAGCUCGUUCGACAUCAACACAGCGAACUCCUCCAUUGUCUCCGUCGACUUCGCAACCGGCACCGACCGCGUUGUCGAGGUCAACACCUCCGGCGUCAAGAUUUUCCCUCAGUACCUAGGCAACACCAGCUCAAUCGGCUACCUCCUCAAAGGCACCACCUAUUACAACACCACUGCUCGCUCCCCUGCCUGGUCCCCAGACGGCAAACGCGUCGUCUACGAAAAGGUCUCCUGGGAUAUCCGCCCCCAGAACAGACUCCUCUACAGCUGGGAUGCCAACUGGACCUACCGCUUCACCGACGUCUUCCCAACCGUCAACACCGCAGGCCGACUAGCCAUCACCCAAAAACAGCUCGACGACUCCGCCGUCAUCUCCCUCAACGCCACGGGCACAGACAACGAAACCGUUUUCGACCCCGUAGCAAGUGGAAUCCUCUCCCUCUCCUCCGUCGAACAGGGCACCUCCGGUGCCUUCCAGUCCUCCUGGUCCUCCGACGGAAACUGGCUCACAUACGGCGUCGGCUACUGGUUCGCCGGGCGCGCGUCCAACGGCGGGUGGAUCGUGCGUUCCAAGGCCGAUGGCAGCGAAGCGAUGAACCUCACGACCAGCGCGAUCCCACUCUCAGCAGGCGGCAACAAUACCCUGAACACAGGGUUCCCCAGCUUCUCGCCCGACGGGACGAAGAUCGUUUUCCGCGGUUGGGGCGCCGAUGCAGAAGACGGCGAUACAUCGCAGCUAGGUCUCCGCAUUAUACACCUCGACCAAGUAACCGCCCACGGCACGUACCCCAUUACCGUGUUGACAAAUUGGUGGGACACGCUCCCUUCCUUCUCACCAGAUGGGACAAAGAUCGUGUUUACGCGACGCAUCAGUGGAAGCAACUAUGAGGUCUGCACGAUUGCGCCGGACGGCUCGGACCUGCAGGUGUUGACGAGUAGUGGAGCGAAUGAUGCGCAUGUGGUGUGGUCGCAUGAUGGCAGGAUCAUGUACUCGACGGGCGAGUAUGGGUUUCAGUCGGAGUGUGCGCUGUACGAUAAUACAUUCCAGCCGUAUGGGCAGAUCAACAUUAUGGAUGCAGACGGGGGGAAUAAGCGGGCGUUGACGAAUUCUUUGUGGGAGGAUUCGAUGCCGGCUUAUGUUCCGGGGGAGUUUCUUUAA